AUGACCGCCGCACUCCCCAACAUGAAGCCCCUCAACGUCCUCAUGGUCGGCACCGGCGAGUACACCACCGGCUUCGUUGGCGGCGGCGCCUCGGCAUCCGACAAGAAGGUCGGCAGGCUGGGCAUGGUGGGCGUCAACGGCUCCAAGUUUCCCGCCAUCCGCGAGCACCUCGACCGCAACAUCACCAAGGUCUACAACAACCUCGACACCUCGUUCGACUCCUUCCCCCCCGACACCGACCGCGACGCCCAAGCCUACAAGGCCGCCAUCGACACCCUCGCGCCCGGCGACGCCAUCACAAUCUUCACGCCGGACCCGACGCACCUCGACAUCGCCCUCUACGCCGUCGACCGCGGCGUCCACGUCCUCGUCACCAAGCCCGCCGUCCAGCGCCUCGCCGACCACCAGGAGCUGCUGCGGCGCGCGCGCGCCCGGGGCGUCUACGUCUACGUCGAGCACCACAAGCGCUUCGACCCGGCCUACGCCGACGCCCGACACCGCGCGCGCCAGCUCGGCGACUUCAACUACUUCUACGCCUACAUGGCGCAGCCCAAGUACCAGCUGCAGACGUUCCGCGCCUGGGCCGGCUCCGACUCGGACAUCUCGUACUACCUCAACAGCCACCACGUCGACGUGUGCGACUCCAUGGUGCGCCCGCUGGGCUACCGCCCCGUGCGCGUCUCGGCCGCGUCGUCGCUCGGCGUCGCCACGGCGCUCGUGGGCUGCGCCGCCGGCACCGAGGACACCAUCACCCUGCUCGUCACCUGGGCGCGCGACGGCCACCCGGCCGACGAGAAGCGUGCCGUCGGCGUCUUCACCGCCUCGUGGACGGCCCCCGAGCGUGCCGGCGUGCACACCAGCCAGCACUUCCACUACCUGGCCUCGGGCGGCGAGAUCCGCGUCGACCAGGCCCGCCGCGGCUACGACGUGGCCGACGACGCCGCCGGCCAGGUCCAGUGGCUCAACCCCUUUUACAUGCGCUACGCCCCGGACGAGGACGGCAACUUCAACGGCCAGACGGGCUACGGCUACGUCUCGCUCGAAAAGUUCGUCGACGGCUGCCGGGCUGUCAAUGCCGGAGAGGUCGAGGCGCGCCAUCUGGACGCAAAGGACCUGCCCACGCUUGCCAACACCGUCGCCACCACUGCCAUCCUCGAGGCCGGGCGCCGCAGCAUCGACCAGGGGGGGCGCGAGGUGGGCAUUUUAGUUGACGGUGACACCUGGUCUUUGGUUUGA